AUGGGAGCAUGGAGAAGAGGAGUGGUGGUUGGCCGGAGCUCUGGUGGACGGAGGAAAAAGAAGCCAGUAAUGGUGGUGUUCAAGAUUAAUGAUAACCGCAAGUCCAUGGAAAGGAAGCUAAGGCAGCUACAGAGGAUCAUACCCGGUGGAGGAGUUGAAGGGAUAGACAUGGAAACCUUGUUCCAGAGAAUCGCAGCUCACAUCUCCUUACUUGAAUCUCGUGUAGAUCUUCUCAGAAGCAUUUGCUCCCUCUUCUCCCCACCAUAA